CAAACUAUUAAUCUGUACACUUCUUGUCUUCUUGCUUCUUCGGCUUCCUAAAAAAUUAAAAAGGUAAAGUAUUUCUCUUUGAGUUCUUCCAUGGAGAAGAGUUUCCAGCGAUCUGCUCUCCUUGUGACUUUGUCACUCUUCUUCUUCAUUCCGGUUUCAAUCUCUGUUCCAUUCAUUCUCUUUCACGGGGUUCGAGACCAAUGCUCCAAUGGUGGACCGAGCAGCUUCACACAGCUCCUUAGCAACCUCUCCAGCUCCCCUGGCUCUUGCUUAGAAAUAGGAAAUGGAGAAAAAGAUUCCGUGUCCAUGCCGCUUACGCAACAAGCGAGUGUAGCGUGUGAAAAAGUAAAACAGAUGAAAGAGCUGCGUCAAGGUUACAACAUUGUUGCACAGUCUCAAGGAAACAUGGUCGCUCGAGGCCUAAUCGAGUUCUGCGACAAUGCUCCUCCUGUCUUCAACUACGUCUCCUUAGGAGGUCCUCACGCUGGCAUAUCCGACAUCCCCAACUGUUCUUCUCCAGUUUGCCAGCUGCUUAAAACAGAUGUCUACAGCGACUACGUUCAAGAUCAUAUUGCUCCAAGUGGUUAUAUAAAAAUCCCUACCGAUAUGAAAAAUUACCUGAAACACUCCAAGUAUCUGCCAAAGCUCAACAACGAAAGACCUAACGAGAGGAACUCCACUUAUAAAGAACGUUUUACCAGCUUGCACAACUUGGUCCUCGUCAUGUUCCAGGGUGAUACAGUAGUGAUUCCUAAAGAAAGUUGCUGGUUCGGAUAUUACCCGGAUGGAGCUUCAACACCUCUUCUGCCUCCUCAACAGACAAAGCUCUAUAAAGAGGACUGGAUUGGUCUGAAAACCUUGGAUGCUGCUGGAAAAGUGAAGUUUGUCAGUGUCCCUGGAAAGCACCUCCAAAUGGCGCAUGAUGACGUUGUGAAAUACGUUGUGCCUUACCUCCAGAACCAGCCUAUGUUUUCUUCUUGAUGCAGACUCAGCAGCAAUGCAAUGGAAGACAUUGCAAUCUUGAUGAUGCAGAUCAACCUGAACCAAUGAAUAAAGCCACAUUGUUAUGCU